AUGGGCAGCAGCGGUGGCCGCAGUAGUAGACUCUUCGGUCUCCCGAUCAGUCGCCAUGCGCUGUGCGGGUUCGAGUCCCGUCACAGGAGAAAUUUUUAUCUUGGCUAUGCACGUUGUGAUUGUCCGUAGGUGGUAGAUGGUCGCUGACUGUCGAACGCGGAGGUACCACCCGGCGGAUCUCGUAGGCGGAGCCAGAAUGUGUG